CCCCCCAAAAGGUCAAGAAGAAGUAAACGGAAAUUACGGAAGCUUCUUUUCCUGACCAAGAUAGAUAAACAAACAAAAGAAUUCCGUUAUUCCCACACAAAGUCUGUCUGACUUUUGAUAAAUAGUUAAUCAAUGGAUAUUUAUACCAGAGGCUGUUGGUCCCCGUAGGUCCUCCGAGGCUGAGACAGACAGCGCUAACACCCAGCGGAGGACAGCUAGCUGGCUGAGUUAGCCUGCAGGCUACGUAGCUAAGUGUUAGCUCGACAUGUUUAUUUUAGUGCUGGGUCGAAGGAGCGAGACAUGAUGGCGUGAAAUUAUCGCAGUGUUAGCAAAUAGCUACACUUAUUUCAUUGAAAGAUUGCAGGUUCUCUGGACGCAGGUCAGAAACUUGGCUUAAGUUUUACAGGAUUGCACUCCCGAGGCUGUGUCCACCGUGGCCAUGGCGUGGGCUCUGAAGCUGCCGCUCACGGAUGAAGUGAUCGAGUCCGGUUUGGUCCAGGACUUUGAUGCGAGUCUCUCAGGCAUUGGCCAAGAGCUGGGAGCUGGGGCAUACAGCAUGAGUGAUGUGCUUGCCCUGCCCAUCUUCAAGCAGGAGGAGUCCAACUUGCCUCCAGACACUGAUAACAAGAUCCUUCCCUUCCAGUAUGUUCUGUGUGCAGCUACCUCGCCAGCCGUUAAACUGCAUGAUGAAACACUCACCUACCUCAACCAAGGACAGUCCUAUGAAAUUCGAAUGCUUGACAAUCGGAAAAUGGGGGAGCUUCCAGAAAUCACUGGUAAAAUGGUAAAGAGCAUCAUCCGCGUCGUGUUUCAUGACCGACGCCUUCAGUACACAGAGCACCAGCAGCUGGAGGGCUGGCGCUGGAACAGGCCCGGGGACCGCAUCCUCGACCUUGAUAUCCCCAUGUCUGUCGGCAUGAUCGACCCCAGGGCUAACCCUACUCAGCUUAACACUGUGGAGUUCCUUUGGGACCCAUCAAAAAGAACCUCAGUUUUUAUCCAGGUUCACUGCAUCAGCACAGAAUUCACCAUGCGCAAGCACGGAGGAGAAAAAGGUGUGCCUUUCCGCAUCCAGAUUGACACGUUCAAAGAGAACGAGGGUGGUGAAUACACAGAACACCUCCACUCUGCCUCCUGCCAGGUCAAAGUCUUCAAGCCUAAAGGUGCAGACAGGAAGCAGAAGACUGACAGGGAGAAGAUGGAGAAAAGGGCGCCACAGGAAAAGGAGAAGUACCAGCCCUCUUAUGAAACCACCAUACUGACAGAGUGCUCUCCCUGGCCUGAGGUCACCUAUGUCAACAAUUCGCCGUCUCCUGGCUUCAACAGCACGCACAACAGCUUCCCGGUCGCAGAAGGAAACGGAUCCCCCAACCACCAGCCCGAGCCUGUUGUUCAGGCAGCAGAUUUGUUGUCAUCUACAUGUGAGAACAACUGGAAUUUGUUACCCGCAGCAACACCGCAGGAUGCACAGCAGUGGCUUCACAGAAACCGCUUCUCGCCCUUCUGUCGGCUCUUCACCAACUUCUCAGGGGCAGACCUGCUCAAGCUGACAAGGGAGGAUGUCAUUCAGAUCUGCGGGCCAGCAGAUGGUAUACGGCUCUUCAACGCACUGAAGGGACGGGUGGUGCGUCCCAGGCUGACCAUCUACGUCUGCCAGGAGUCUCAACAGGCACGGGAACAGCAACAGAAACACGAAAAUGGAGACGCUGCCACGAGCACUUUCUUCGUUUAUCACGCCAUCUACCUGGAGGAGCUGACAGCUGCUGAGCUCACGGAGAAGAUUGCUCAGCUGUUCAACAUUUCUCCCAGACAGAUAAGCCAGAUCUUUAAACAGGGCCCCACUGGCAUCCAUGUACUGGUUAGUGAUGAGAUGAUUCAGAACUUCCAGGAUGAAGUGUGUUUUGUUUUGGACACAAUGAAAGAUGAUACGAAUGACGGCUACCACAUCAUCUUGAAGUGAACACUAAGUGGGAAAGUGCAGCCCCGCUCUCUUGUUUAGACCCGAUCCUGUCAGCCUCUCUAGAGCCUCCGUCUCCUCGCUGUUCCUGGAAUGUGUGGAGGUGACCCAACUCUUCUCUAGAGGAUGCUGUAGGAACAUGCGACUGAAGUACCUGGCCCUCUCCUCUAUACCUUAUUGUCUUACUUUUGAAGGAAGUGACUGUUGCCGUGACGAAGCAACGCUCUCCUCCUUGCCCUGCCGCUGUCUCUCUUAAAUGGUUUUUCCUCUCUGUCACUGUAUGUCUCAUGGAAAAGAGGUUUGAGGCUGCCAUGGCCACAGCCACUGUCAAUGUUUCUUUGUUAGCUGAGCAUCUGGUGUGCCAAAGCUCUGUGCUUCAGAAUCAAGAGUUUGUUGUCCUUUUUUAAAAAAAAAAAGAAAAAGAAAGAAAGAAAAAGAAUAUUAUUCUGACAGUACUUGACUUUCAACCUACAGUGCAGCACGGUGCCCCUUGCUAGGCUGCCUCACUGGAUCCACUUUAGCCAGUCUGGAAGGAACAUGGCCACACAUUGACAGCUAAUGCAACCACACCGGCACAGGCACGAAGCGUAAGAGGCAGCAAAGUCAGCGAUUAGGACACCAAGGGAAUUUGUGAGAGCAGGUUCUCUGUCCACCCCUAUUACCUUUCACUUGUUUGCCCUCUUGUGAGAGAAAGUGAAAAGAUGUUCCCAGCCCCUGAACACUGGUAGAGCUGUGUAGUAAGUGUUCGACAUACCGUCACCUUUCAUGGUUUUUUUUCUCAUAAAUCUUGAAUGAUGAAGAAACGCUGCCUACUUUAGUGAUCAUCACAGUAGCGACACCAGCAACCUGUCUCUGGUCCACGCACUAUCUCUCCCUAUCAGCUUAUUUAGCACUUCAGUAUUUACAUGUCUUUGGUUUUUGGCCAUUUUCAAACAUUCAUUUUGAGUAGGUGAUUGUUUUUAAAAUAAUGUUUUUCAUGAUGAAUCAUGUGUUACUUUGGCAGUUUUUAUAAUCUUUUUAACAGACUUAUGCUCCUCUUGUCAUUGUUUUGGGAUAUUACCACCUCCGAAUACUAAUACAUGUAGUGGGUUUUUGGGCACACCAGAACUGCAUGUGGAAAGAUAGAGUUAGUUUAUGUUCAAUCAUUGUACUGCUUACAUAAAAUGGAUAGCUUGACAUUUUAGAUGUUGUUCAUCUGACCCAUCUCAUCCGAAUUAUUAAAAUACUUACCCAUG